CAAUACUACAGUAAUAAUAUCGUUAUAGUGUUGAUAGGUAGCCGGUGUUCGUUCCAGUGCGUUGUAUUCUAUCACAAUGUCAUCAUAUUAUUUACAUCAAAUAUCCUUAUACCGUUUGUAGUCCAUUGGUCAAAACAGAAACGAGUUUUGGAUUGUAAUACACCUACAGGUGUAUGUACUCCAAACUUCGAAGAAGGUGACUGGGUUUAUUACCGAAGCAAAGAUAAUCCGAACGAUGGCUAUUGGCGUAUCGUACUUGCUGAUGGUCAAGAGCCGGAUCCCGAUAACUCAAGUAGUUGACCCGUGUAGAGGAAUACAGGAAUAUAUAUUAUUAUGGUGACAAUUGCAUUCCUGUUUUUUAAUGUGGCUGCCACGUUUCUCUGUGCCGUUGUCGAGGGCUCUGUCGAGCAAAAAGCGCAAUGUGUCGAUUAUGUGAAUUCUCAACGUCUCAGGGUUGUCAAUUGUUAUGGGAAUGAUCUCAAAGUCGUACCGGACAAUGUUAAAGACAACGUGGAGUUGUUUGACUUGCGGAUGAAUAUGAUUCGCGUAUUGACCAACGACAGUUUCACAAGAUAUCGGUCGAUCAAAAAUCUGUACUUGUCCAGGAACAACAUCGCCAAGGUGGAAGCGGCCGCGUUCCGGCCGCUCGGCGGCCUGGAAGUGUUGGACAUGGAACUGAACGCGUUGGCGGGCGUGCCGCCGGGCCUGCCGGAAACGUUGAAGAGACUGGACUUGAGCUGCAACCCGUUGGGCACCGGUCUGGGCCGGGGCAACGUCGAGGACGACAACGCCAGGGCCGACAUGGCCCGCGAUCUGCGCGAGGCCGUCAGCCUGCAGGUGCUGUACAUGCGGUCGUGCUACCUGCGGCAUUUCCCCCGCACGGGCCCGCUGCCGAGUCUGGUCGAGCUGGACUUGACCGACAACCCGAUACGCGAGAUCACGCCGUCAGACUUGGCGCCGCUCUGUCGGUUGGCCAAGUUGACCGUUAACGAAACACAACUGUUCCGGGACCGGCCGCGUGGCGUUUGCCAGUGCCGCCAGCUGAAGGAAUGGGCCGAACAAUACGGCGUGCAGAUUAUCGGCCUGGAUUGCCGCCGACACGUCGAGGACGAACCGUUGGACUGCGCCGCGACGACGAUACCCGGCGAGGCCGUCCAAGAGCGCGACGAGUGCAUGUCCGGGUGGGAACACAGGAACGCGGCACGGUGUUGGGCGGCCUUUGGCUGGGGGGCGAUGGUUCUGGUCUGCGCGGCGGCCGUUCUGUUUGGUGUACUGUGCCUGUGUUGGCGUCGCAGAAAUAGCCUGGACAAAGGUCGAUCCGUGCCGGACGGCGAACCCACUUAUAUCGCAUAUAGUUUUUAACGUGUAUUAAAAAGUUUUUGUUACUUAAUUUUAUGUUUCAUUUGUUUUGCCACGAACAAAAUAUGAAUUUAACUGUGAUAACAACAAGUGAUAGUAAUAUUUUGAUUAAACUUAAAUUAAAAAUAUUAUAAAAAUGAAAAAUAAAUCAAUUUUGCGUUUAUACCAUCCUCCCAACUUAGUUUCUUCGAUAGCAACUUUUGAAUUUUAAAUUGUAACUCAUACAUUUCAUUGACUUUUUAAAUUGAGAAUAAUGUACUAAACAAUUUUAAUAAUUCAGUUGGCUGUUGGCCACGAUUGACGGCAACCUGUAUAGGCAAUAGAAAUGCUGGAAAGUAUCAUAAGUAACCAACCGAUAAGAAUUUAAAUCUAUUCCUUAUUUGGGUUUGAACCUAAAAUUAUUUGAGAAUUGAGUGUACCUAAUUUAAAUUACAUUGUAAUAUAUUUUCGACAACUGGUUUUUGUAUGAUGUACUGUACUACAUAAUCUAAUUAAACAUUUUUUUUUUUAGACUAGGUACCUAUUAUUUUCUGAAUGUUAACUAUGAUUACCCAAUUUAAUGAAAUGCUUUUAUUUUUUUGUGUUAGCUGUGAUCAGUGUCUUUAUUUUAACAUUGGUAGAAAUUUGAUUCUUCGGCCAAACAAGAAAAACUUUUUAAUCUCGGCAAUAUCAACCAAUACAUUAUUAUCGUUAAAUGUUUGUUAUCCAUAAAUAAUAAUAAUUCUAAAUUUUCUAUCGAUAAACGAUGAAUAUUAUUUAAAAAAAUUAUCUAAUAAUAUGUUUUUUUUCACUGUACAUAUAUAAUUAUUUUAAUCGCCUUUGGAUGUUCUAUUUAAUCGUUUCUACAUAAUUAUGAAUCAACAAAUUACAUGUUUAAAGAAACUGUAUGACGUGUAAUUCUAAGAAAUGUAUUAAAAUUGUUUUUACAUAAAUAAUAAUUAUUAUCUUACCGGCUUUUAUUUUAAUUAUUAUUACAGGUUUAUAACACGUUUAUUU